GUAGAGUAUUGGUGAUCAUGCUUCUGCUUCGUGAACGAUGCGUGGUGACGCUGAGUGCGAUGCUUGUCGUGGAGCUCGAAGGCCUUGGCAACGUCGAUGCAGUUGACCACCAGCCUCUCUGUCGGAGCGUGUCCCUCUUGCCAACACACUUGAAAUUCGAGCUGCUGGCGUUAGUGAUCAAGCAUCCUCAGUGCUCGCCGGCGAUAUUUGCCAGUGUGCUGUCCAAUGACAUGGACAACAUAUCGCUCAAGGGCCUAGAGGCCCCUGCGACGUCUCUUCUUCCAGCGUGGACACGGCAGAAAAUGGGAACUCACCUCACUGACCUCGACUUGGCUUCCCUCAACCAGCUGACAUCCAGUGACCUGUUUACACUGUUGCACAACGUACCGCAGCUUCAAGUGCUGAAUGUGUCGUACAUCACUGCAUGGCACGAUGGCCACACGGUGCACAUCAUCCGACAGGCACCGCACCUCCGGGAAUUGCAAUUGGAGUGGUGCCAACACGUAACCGAUGUGUCUGUCACGCACAUUGCCAAUGCACGCAACCUCCGUUUGGAAUGUCUGGGGCUUACUGGCACCGCCAUGUCCUCAGCAGGGGUCGUCAAGCUAUCGUGUUGCGAGCACUUGCGAGAAUUGACGCUGCAAGCCUGCGAUCGCGUGGAUGCGCUGCCGUCGCCACUGCCCAACCUGCAAGUUCUCGACAUUCGAGGCCUCAGCUACAUCGCCGACGCUGAUCUGUUUGCCUUUCUAAAGCUUGUUUGGACAAACAUGCGCAAGGUCAACUUGGGCGAGAGCAAUCUAUCCAUCGCGUCCUUGACGGCGCUGCAGGCACAAGGAACGUGUCCUGUCCUCCACUGCUUGGAUCUGUCGUGGUGCUUUCAUCUGACCAACAAUGUCGUCGCAGCGUGCUUUCCCCUGACGCCGUUGCUGCAUACCAUCAAGUUGCGCUGCGUCGACAUUGACGAUACAUGUUUGGACGCCAUUGGGGCACACUGCCCUCGCCUUGUGAAAUUGAAUGUGGCGCGAUGUCGCGCCGUCUCGGAUAAAGGGCUGGCGUCGAUUUUUGCCAACUGCCCCGCCCUACAACACGUGGAUGUGGCGUGGACUCUUGUGUCGAACGCGGCUGUCCUCGACAUGCUCCACCUAUGUCCGGAACUGCGGUCCCUCAGCGUGCAAGGCUGUAAAAACAUCAAUCGGGAGCUCGUCCACGGCAUCGCCAAGAUGCCAACUUCCCUCCCCCACUUCGCGUAUUUGGAUCUGUCUUGGGUGGAUGACGUGAUGACGACCGAUAUUGCCGCGGCCGUGUCGGCACAUCCGCUCUUGACGAUCAAGGGGUACUUUGGUGACUUGUAUGACGACAGCGACAAAUACCACGAGCAUUAGGAUGUAUAGAUUGUCAUUAACCAGAAAAAGCAAGGUG